GUCCAUAUCCAAAACCUUAUUUGUUUAUCAAUGAAUUGAACUCUGGAAUCCACGCGAUUGAUUUGCUAACUCAUGAUAAAACUGGCGUUAUCCGUGGACUUAAAGAGAAUCGCGCAAUGGCAAUUGACACAGUGGAAAUGAAAAUAUACUUCAGAAAUGGCAGCAGUAUAUCCAGGGCUAACCUUGAUGCUACCGGUGUUGAAAUUUUUUUCAAAAUUGAUUAUGUUAGGACAAUGGUAGUUGACUGGCUGGGACGUCGUUUAAUCUGGUCUACGACGUCAACCAACGACUGGAUUUUCGUAAUGAAUUUAAACAGGAAAGGAAAAAGAGCGCUGACAAAAGAAAGAGCUUGGAACUUCGACAUAGCAGUGGAUCCGACAGUGGG